AUGUGGAACAGCGGAAGCAAUUCCGAUCAACCAAACACAGGAAACGGUUUUAAUGCCGGAAGUUUCUCUAAUCUCAAUCAAAAAUCUUCUCCAUGGAAUCAGGGAGUCAUUGGUUCUCAGAAUGAAUCUUUGCCUUUGCAAACAACAAAUUCUAAAUUUAAUGGAUCUGGAUGGAUGAAACAAAAUAUGGAUCAAGGUCAACAAUUAAAUACUGAUUUUCAAAAAACACAAUCUGGUACUACUCAAAGAAACGGUUCUCUUCCUUCUCAAAACACUUGGAAUAUGGCUAUAAAUAAUAAUUGGACUAAAACUUCUACAAUUGGUUCUUAUGCUGAUCAUGUCAAGAAAAAUAUUGCCACUGGAAAUCCUAAUACUCCUUUUAAUCAUAGAGUAGGACAAAUGCAAAGACUUGAUAUGAAUCCUUCCCUUUAUGAUCCUUCACCAUCAUGGAAUGCUGGAAAAGUUAAUCAAGAUUCACCAUGGGAUGGAAUACACGUAAAUGAAAAUGCUUCAAAUACUUGGAAUCAAAAUACUGGUAACGUUGAAUACGGAAGAUCAAAUGCUACAAAAAAUCAACAAUCUAUGAUGGGUCAUUGGAAUAAAAAUGCCACAAACAAUAAUAAAAAUAAUUCAGAACCAAGUCCAGAUAUGGUAUGGCAAAAUCCACAUUCAGAGGAAUACAAAAAAAAUAUUCCAGAUAAUGGAACUAAUUUAUGGGGAAAACCUGAUGAUUUCUUGCAUAUCAAAAAUUGGGUUAUCAAAACAGGUGAUCCUUUCUUUGAACAACAAAAUGUUGAUUCAUAUUGUAUUGAAGAUUGGAGUAAAGUUGAGUUUAAGGGUAUUAAGGACGGGGUCAUUGGUUCUCAUUUUUAUAAAAAAGUUCCUGAAGAAGAAGUAACAGUAGAAUCUGAUAAAACUAAAAAAGAAUUAACAAUUGCUAAUGAUUGGAGUGAGGAAACUAAUGAAUCUUUACAACAAAAUAGAAAUAAUUCAAAUAAUAAAUCAAAUAUUUCACCUGUUUUUGGUAAAAAUGAUACGAAAUUAAUCAAUUCAGAAGCCACUCUUGAAGCUCAAUUUAAUGAUUUAAAUACAGGUAACGAAGUUAAUAUAAAAUCUGGAAAUACGGGACAAGGGCAAACUGGAGGGCUUCAAAUUGAAACUAAGAAUAAUAAUCGCGUUUCACAAAUAAAUCCAAAUAAUCAAUCUCCUAACGAUAUAAAUAACGAUAAAUCAAAUAAUUCACCAUCAUCUCUUAGUAAAUCUCGUCUGUACCAAUGGAAAAAUGGAACUGCUGUGAAAGGUGAUUUUGAUUCUGUUGGUUCCACAAAAGGUAGUAAUGGAUUGGGUAUUGAUAAUAAUAACAAGCAAAUCUUGAAUCAACAACUUUUCGAAUUUCUUCCAUCUGAAGCAUCUCAAUUACCUUUUGAUCUUAAUAAUACAUUCCCAAAUUCAGUUAAUAAUUUUACUGGUUUUGGCAAUUUCAUGAAUAACGUUGACAUGAGCAACGCAUUUGCAAAUCAAUUUGCAGGACCUAGUGGUAUUCCAUGUGUCCCAAAUGUUCCUUCCAAUCAAAUGCAUUCUCAACGUAUUCCAAGAGAAGUUUCUCAAAAUAAUCUUUUCCAACCAAGAAAUGAGAAUCAAAGUCAAGUUAAAGAGAAUCAACAUUCAGAAAUUAUGCAAAGAAUCCAAUUUGCAACUGCUUACGCUCAAGCAAAUAAACUUAGAGAUCCACAUCAAAUUUUUUCAAUGAUUUUUUCAAAUAAAGAAAAUUCAACUAUUUGGAAUAUGAUUGUAGGAAGGCUUUACAUGUCAGUGGAAUUUUAUCAUAUUUUUAAUACAAAUUGUCAAAUGAAUCUUUGGCCAAUAUUUCAAAGAUUACAUAUUUGUCCACUUUGGAUUGCUGUCCAACAUAUCGAAGUUCCAGAAUUACAAAUAAAAACUAUCAUUAAAAAUUGGGGUGAAAUUUUAUAUUUUCCAGUAAAAAUUCCACAUUUUACAGUAUUUAAAGUCACUUCCCCAUUAGUACAUUCUCUUAGAUCAUUUAGAAGUGAAAUGAUAAAUAGAUAUCCAACUACUUCACUCUCUUUGCUUAAUGAUGACGGCAUGAAAGUUGUUGUUGAUAUUCUUUCGCAAAAAAGAACUUCUUAUAUAACGGAUCCGCAAAGUGCUCUUGUCCAAAUACCAAUACAAAUACCACAACAAAUGCAACAAAAUCUUCUUCAAUCAUCAUAUUCUGAUUUUAUGGGUAUGAUGAAUCCAAUUAAUACAGGUAAUCCAUUACAAAAUAUGAAUGAACCAAUUAACUUUUCUAAUAUGCCGUGGUCAACAUCUGAUUGUUCUCAAGAAGGAAAUCAAUGGUCUUCUUCUUCAUCAUCAUUAUUUAAUAGAAAUUCAUUUUGGAAUCAAAAUAUUCCCCAAUGGCAGGGUAACGAUAAUAAUAGUAAUAUGUCAUGGUCGAUUUCUGAUAAUACUCAAAAUACUUCUUCUUGGAAUACAAAUAUGGGUGGUUUUGGAUCAAUCCAUAAUGAAGGUUCGCAAUCAUCUUUUAACAACACAUUUAAUUCGGGAAAUUCAAAUCACCCAUUUUGA